CAUUGAUUUUCAUCAACAACCAAAUUCGGGGAAUAUUUCCUCAAUAAAUGGCCAACCCCGUCCCUUCCAUAAACGGGAUAGUUCGUCGAAUGGUGAACAUCCCAAGAACUCUUUUAGGAGAAAUGUCAAGAAUGAUGGAUGAUCUCAUGGGAACACAAGGCCAGUGGAGAACAAACCAAUUCAUCCAACCAAAUUCCUCUAAUGUAUUACCAUUUCAACAUCCUUCUCUAGCCCCGGUUUCAGAGCAAUGGGAUUUUCUAACCACAUUUGAGCAACAAUAUGGAACCUUCCAUCCUUUCUUUUACGCGUGCAAGUUUCAUAAUGUUCUAAAGAUGGCUCAAGACGAACAACGAUUGAUUUUUAUAUACCUUCACUCGCCCGAUCAUCAUCACUCUUUCGCUACAAAUUUCUGUAGGCAGACUUUAUGUCAUGAGUUGGCGGUUGAGUUUCUUGACGCAAACUUUAUCUCAUGGGGCGGGAUUGCUAGUCGAGGAGAAGGCUAUCAUUUGGCCACUAUUUUGAAACCUGUUAGUUUCCCAUUUUGUGCAGUGGUUGCUCCUUGUGGUGAUAACUUAGAGGUGCUUCAACAGAUAGAAAGGCCAGUUUCCCCAUAUGAACUAGUGGAGAUACUUCAAGGGACAUUGGAGGAUCAAGGACUGGCUUUUGGGAGUGAUCGGGCAAAGAAGGAAGAAGAAAAGAGGCGGGUCGACAAGCGUUUAAGGGAAGAACAAGACAUCGCAUAUCUUGCGGCUUUAAGGAUUGACGAGGAAAAAGACAAGGGAAAGCUCAACAAUCAUCAAGAGAAGCUUAAACAAAAGACCAUUUUCUCUUCAAAUUCUCCAAAUAAUUCACAAACUGGAAAUAAAGGAAGCAUUGGUCAAUCAACAAAGAUACUAAUAAGGUUCCCCAAUGGAGAUAGGAGAGAAAAGAGUUUCAUGAGCACAGAUAAGAUAGAAGCAAUAUUUGAAUACAUUGACUCAUUAGGGUUGCAUGGAAUUGGAAAAUACAGACUUAUUUCGAGUUUUCCAAAGAAAGUGUAUGGUGUUGAGCAAAUGGGGAUGACUCUUAAGGAAGCUGCCCUUAUUCCCCAAGCCAGUCUUUUCUUUGAAUUUCUUUGAUAAACCAUGUGCCCUACUAAUUUGCUAAUAUGUAUUUGAUUCAUUUGGAAAAAGGCUAUUUUCUCAAUUUGUGAUAUAUUCCUGCAUCUUUUUUUUUAUUACAAAAAUUGCUAGUGAAAGUUUUUUCCAAUUUCCAACCCUAAAUUGU